CCCAUACCGUGUGUGCCGCGUUCACCCGAGGCGGGACGCCGGCUCCAGCGCCCCGCAGGCGGGCAGUGGUGGAUGCGCGGGCGAAAGCCCACAGUAUGGAUUCAGAUUCUGGAGAGCAGAGCGAGGGGGAGCCGGUGACUGCUGCAGGUCCUAGCGUGUUUAGUUCAAAGAGUCUCGCCCUUCAAGCCCAGAAGAAGAUCCUGAGUAAAAUAGCCAGCAAAACUGUGGCGAGCAUGUUGAUCGACGACACCAGCAGCGAGAUUUUUGAUGAGCUGUACAAAGUCACGGAAGAACACACGCGCAGCAAGAAGGAAGCCCACAAGAUCAUGAAAGAUUCCAUCAAGGUGGCGAUCAAAAUCGGUAUCCUCUACCGGAACAAACAGUUCAGCCCGGAGGAGGUUGUCGUUGUGGAGAAACUCCGCAAGAAGCUGAACCAGACCGCCAUGACCAUGGUCAGCUUCUACGAGGUAGAGUAUACCUUCGACACGAAUGUGCUCUCCAAGCUUCUGCACGAGUGCAAGGACCUCGCACACGAACUCGUGCGGCGCCAUUUGACACCCAGAACCCACGGGCGCAUAAACCAUGUCUUCAACCACUUUGCUGAUGUGGAGUUCCUUUCCACUCUCUACGGUCCUCAUGGGAACUGCAGGCCCAAUCUCAAGAGGAUUUGUGAGGGAAUCAAUAAACUGCUGGACGACAAGGUCCUCUGAACAG